CUGAGCUGCAGCAUUUGCUUCUUGAACCCUUUUGCAGCAUUUGCUUCUUGAGGAUAGAAAACAAGUGACAAUGGCUAACCAAAUAAAAUGGCUUCCAGGCAAAAGUUCCAGAGGCUGUAACUACAAAUAUUGUGAAGGGAAGCAUGUGAAUUUAACUAAGCUGAAAAAUGACUUCCCUGACCACAGUUACCUGAAGAAGAAAAACAUUCCCAAAUACCCUGAAUAUGUCUUCCGUGUGUCUAACGUCUGCCAUGUAACUGAUAAGAGUGGUCUUGAGGGAAUCUUCAGAGAUGACGGAUUCAGAGGGAAUGAUGGCCUGUUGUGGUGGGGGCUUUCGGUGACUGAUGGUGAUAUUGCUGAAGCUGAGAAAAACAUGCUUGUGCCUUUCCCUAGGGAAAACUCUUCACCAGCAUUCCAGAAGAAAUCCCUUUAUGGCAACUUCCGCUUCACUUUUCCUCUUAGAAAGCUUCUAAAUCUAUACAGCAUGCAGUGCUGCAACAAUACAGCUCCAGUUCUACGUGUACUAGGCACCCAGGUCCACAAGCAAGAGAUUGUUUAUUCUGUUUUGGUGCAUCCAAAAAAACUGAAGGCAGACUAUAGGAAAUACCCUCGCCUACCCUUUAAUGAUAAAUUGGUGUGUGGGUACAAAAAGGGAAGAAUGUUCUGGCGCUGCCAGUCUCCUUCAGAUAAAUAUUAUGAAUGCGAUGACAGAUCACCAGAAAGGCCAGAAUAUUUUGUAUGGGAUAAUGUAUGCAUGGCCUUCCACAUGAACCCAGAUGAUAUACUGCAUGUAGAUCAGGGUUGCCUAUCAGACAGCUUGAGUGUGUGUAAGGUCGCUUUAAAAAAACUGUUGAGAGAACCAAACAUGUCUGUCCGUGAAGCUGAGGAAAUAGUACAGUUACUAUGAUUCCUAUUAUUGAUUAGAGGUGGUUGGUUCUGCUUUUACUGUAUACUUUACAGACGUUCUACAAAGACGCUCUUUGUAGUUGUUUCCAAAGA